AUGAAAACCGAGGCCAUGGUCAGCAGUGCCCAUGCACACGGCCUGAGUAGCGUGGUGUCACUCACCGGGCUUCCUGCAUCCCCAGAGCUGCUGCCGGCGGUAACAUCUCUGAGUGCUAGGCCGGCAGCGUCCCCGAGUGAGCUGAGGCAUCGCUGCUGUCCUUGCAGUGCUGCUGCGGGGCCCUCUGUGGGCGGCCACCCUCAUCCCCUGCCCCGCCACCCACUGGGGCCCGGCUGUCCCCCUGGGAUCCUUUCAGCCCCUCAGCGUGGGUGCUCCCAGCCCUCUGCCUCACUGGACUGGGUGGCAACUCAGAACUUGGGCUUGAGAUAUCAAGGCGACCGUGAAUCUGGAAGGACACUGCCCUGGGGCCUGUGA